AUGUCAUUCUAUCUUCGUAAAGGCCUCUCUUUUCUGGGUGUAGAAGACAAGUCAGCCUAUCCACCAGCUGAGCUGUUGGCAGACGAUGAUUGUCUUAGCUGCCAAGAUCCAUGUGCCGAACACAAGCCAUACCCAUCUAGUCUCAAGAUCGACCAAAACCUUCCACUGGUUGGCUCAGUCAAACCCUACGGUCGCCAUAUCAUCAUCAGCACAGGAAAGUCAGACUGGCCCUCAAAGAUCGAAAAGGAUACCGGAUCCCUGGCACAUGCUCUUCGGAUAGCCGAGGACAAACAGCCCACGCAAUUGCGCAACUUUGUUACGAAUGCGUCCUUGGUUGCAACCGAGUCUAGUGUUCCUAAUGGCCACGAUGUGGUUGUGUUGCCGGACAACAUAUACUUGUCAAACGUGACUCCAGAGAAUGCCCUGGACUUCUGGGAGAUCUUUAUCAACACUCCUCUUCCACUGGGCGAAAAUCCCGAAAAACCCAAUUAUGAACAGGCUGCCUCAAAAGGCAUCACUGUUAAGCAAAAUCCCUAUGAGUCAAUGAUUAUGAUUUGCUCCCACCGAAAGAGAGACAAGGCAUGUGGUAUCACUGCCCCAAUCCUGGCAGAUGAGUUUGAGCAUAUCUUGAGAGACAAGGAUAUUAGUGAAACUGGACCGGGAAGUAUUGUUGUUUGGAUGGUCAGUCACGUAGGAGGACAUAAAUAUGCUGGUAAUGUUAUAUGUUAUACUCAACAAGGCACCUGUGGUGUGUGGUAUGGUCGAGUAGCAACAUGCGAUUGCAACCCCAUCAUUGAAGAAACCAUCUUGAAGGGAAAAAUCAUCAAGGAGCUCUACCGUGGAUCAAUGGAUCACAGCUUUGACAAGAAGCUUCAUCCUCUCAAGUGGUAG